CAUAUCGUAUAACAUAGUAAAAAUGAACUCAAUAGUUUUUGUAGUCGUACUUGCGAGUCUGUGCCAAGCCACUAAAGAAACUGAAGAGAUUGCUCACACGAGAGUACCACGCACGUUAUUGUUGAAAAAGAAGCUUUGUUUUGUACUAGGACUUUGCGGAGGUGGAGGCGGGCAGCAUGGCGGAGGUGGACACUAUAACGGAGGUUAUGGCUACCAGAACCAACAAGGAGGUUAUCCUCCAAUAAACAUCGGCAUCAGCCAAUCACAAUCAUCAGCAAAUGCAGGCGGUGGAGGUUUAGGUACUGGUUAUUACCCAAAUAAUUACCAAUACAAUGGAGGUUACCCAAACCGUGGUGGUUAUGAUUCUUAUGGGAGACCAGGUUACUUUGGUAAUGGUUACGGUGCUAACAAUAACCAGUUUAAUGGCAACUAUUAUGGAGGUGAUAGAUAUCCCAAUGGUGGUUAUGGUUACCGAGGAUCUUUUGGUAAUUAUUACGAUGAAGGUGAAGAUACUAAACCAAUAUAUGAAGAUACCAAUGAGAAUGGACCGAAUUACAAUGGAUAUGGACGUGAUGAAGGAUAUAGAAGUAAUCAAUAGAAUAUAAUUAUUAAUAUUGAUUCUAUUAACUCGAUCUGUGAUAAUAAUUUGACUUGAAAGUGUAAUGUUCGAUGCAAUGAAAUUG